CGGAAAUGGCCACUGCUAUGUCGUCGUCUUCCUCUCUCCCCCAUAGGUCCACUCCAACAGAAGACAUGAUCAGUUCACUUCCAGACUCAAUUCUCUCUCACAUUCUCUCCUUUCUUCCCACCAAACACUCCGUCGCCACAAGUCUCCUCUCAAAGCGAUGGAAUCCAUUAUGGCGUUCAGUACUUAAUCUCGAUUUUGAACAAAAUUCCUCCACAACCGGAGAAGAUGGUAUAGCCAGAGUCAUGCUACUGAGAGACAACAGCUUACCAAUCCGAUCUUUACGCCUCCAGGGCGGUAAUCUCAAAUCCAUCAACACAUUUAUUGAUGCAGCAAUACAGAGAAAAGUUGAAACCCUAAACCUUGGAAUGAGUUAUGAAUAUGCAUCUCAGUAUAUUACUAGUAAUAUUUUUACGUGUAAAACACUCACUGUUCUCAAACUGAACAACAUGUGUGUGAGUAACCUUCCUCUUCAACUGCAUGUUCCUCUACUCAAAAUCAUGUACUUGGUUGAAGUGGCGUUCGAACGUUAUGAAGAUAUUAUUAAUCUUCUCUUAGCCUGUCCCAUCCUAGAGGAUUUGGUAACUGUCCAGUUAAGUGUACUUCAUUGGAGGAACUUUAUUCAUGAUAUAUAUACAUUUUCUUUGGAAAAAUGCUUGCCCAAUUUGGUGAAAGCAGAUAUUUCUCAAAACCUAACCAUUCCUCUCUUCUUGCUUUCUCAGACACACAUUCUGCGUGUAAAUCUGACCCGUGUCACUCCCUUUUAUAUUGAGCACAAUUUUCACAAUCUAACCCAAAUGGAGUUAGUCUUCUUUCCCUGUCAUCAGGGUAAUAUUUGGAAGGGAAAGUGGAGUUGGAUGCUAAAAGUGCUUCACCAUAGUCCCAAGCUUCAACAUCUUACCAUUAACCAGGAGACAAGAGAUGGAGUAAUUUAUGAGACGGAUUGGGAGGACCCAGAAUUUGUUCCACAAUGCCUUUCAUCUCGGCUUAGAACUUGCAUGAUUAGAGAUUGUAAAGGCAGGAAGAGUGAGCUUCAAUUUGCCGAAUAUAUUAUGCAAAAUUCAAAAAUAUUAGGUACCAUGACAAUUUACAGUGCGUAUUCCAUAGAUUUAAGUGCAAAGCAUCUAAUGUUACAAAAACUAUGUGCGUGCCCAAGGAGCUGUAAACUUAUAUUUGAUGUAUGAGGAAUAUUAGGUAACUUGAUAAGAGUUAAGUGCAAUGUAUCAAAUGUUACAAAAACUAUU